AUGUCCAAGGAUAUAUUAGGAGAAGCUUUUAAUGCUACUGUUUCACGUGACUACGAAAAGUAGGUGAAAUAAAGUUGUUCCGUUGAACAAAUAUUGUUCAUCCACGAAAUCGUCGUUCCCCUACAGUAUCUAGACUCGAUUUAUUGAUUAAUUCAACGUGACCUUUCUUCAUAUCUGCUUGAAAAUGAAGAGAGGAUUAAAUUAUUAUAGGGGCACCGCACAGAAAUGGCGCUCUGUUGAGAAACUCCUUUUGCAGUGCAAAUUGAGCGACCUCGGGGCCGAGUUUGAAAAGUUAGGCCACGUUUUCAGUGGAAAAUUACUUCGCGGCCUAGAAAUUGUGCCAGAUUGCGAACAGCGUGAAUAUUAUUGUAGAUUUGAGUUGUACCGUUCUCUGAAGGCCACUUGUGAAUGAAAGAUAUCGAUUUUCGAUUGAAAAUGCGCUCCCUGAGCCGGCUUUACACUAUCGUCGUUCAGAGCAGUUGCCGUUAUCCGCCAAGUUCUCGGCUCAUCGAAUCAUCCGUUUUCCGUCGAACAACUGGAACUAAUCGAUCACGUGUAUUCGUGCAUUCUAAACACCUCUCACUACGAUGAAUCUCUUAUUGAGGUAACUUCCAUAACAACCCGAUCAUUUGAAGAUAUCCUCGGUUUAGGUGUGUUGGGAAUGGAUCGAGGCGAUCGAGAGGACACCUCGGACAGUGGACACUCGCGCCAUUUCCAGCUCUCAAUUGAGCAUCUAUUAUGCGUAUCACACAAUUUGUAGAGUACAGGAGCGGAUGCCACGAAAGCCAACGCACCAACAGAUCCGCCAGGACACGUGGACUAGGAUUACGCACAGUUUCAGGUUUGACCUCCGGAAUGUCGGAGCCAAUAGUGUUCAGUUUUCCAGUUACCUAUGGGCAGCAGCCACCCAACUGUGGAAGACCUACGAACUAGAUCGUCUCGAUAUUCUCUGCAGCUGGUCGUACUUGUGCUUCCAGUUUGCCGACGUGGUCACAGAAGAAGUGCUCGCGGUAAUUGAGGUGAGAAGGCAAACUACAGUACACUUUGUUAACGUUAACGUGAAAACUCCAAAAUGUUGCCCGAAUAUGUUCUCUCGGCGGGAACGAAAAGAUACUGUAGAAAUUCGCCGUUUUCAGAACUGUACUAUUGCAGACAUCAAAAGAGAAUGCGAAGGGAGUACUGUCCAGUGUGAUAGUAUUUGAGAACGGUCACCAGGCGAAUCAACGUCUCCUGACCGUCGAGAGAAACAUCAAAGAUGCGAGAGUGAUGGCAGAGAAACUGGGGCGCAAAUUGGUGGGUUUUUAUUCUGAAAAACAAAAAACACAGAAAUAACUGGUUACAACUCUUCAGAAUAACGCUGAGGCCCUUCCGAUUACACAGAAUCCUGCUGAAGAUACGUCCGGUGACGAAUCGCCUCCACCGUCCAAGAAAUGGUGUGAAGGAAGAGAGAGAAGCUAAAAUACGAAGAAACAAGAGAGAUUCCCGUCCACUUUCGGUCUUUCCUCGUCAUGUGAUUAGAAACAGUGAUAUCAUUGGCAAAUGCGUCUACGUCUUCUCUUUUUUUAUCGUUUCAUCCCCUCCUUUUAUUGUGACGUUUCAGUUCAAUAAAGUCUGUGAACAAGCUCUGUUCAAGCUCUGUUUCUUUCCUUCCGAUCCGAUGAUCUCUCGUGACACUUUGAUCCGAGUGUGAAUGGUUCUGCUGCGUUGAUUUUAGACUUAUUGAAUUGCUAGGAACAUCGAACAGACAAAAGUUGUAAAGACCAAACAUUCUAAGGCCAAAAAAGGAAAUUCGGAGGUGGAUAGACAUACAUCACACCUACUUUUUUGUUUGAGAAUUUUGAAAAAUUCGUUCAAAGCAUGAAUCAAAAUUUUUGUGAAAAGUUUCGCUUUGCUAAUUUUGCUUCAAUCCGGUUCUAUUGUUGUUCUAGGUGGAAAAAAUACAAUGGGGAAGCUGGAAGAAGUUUCUUGAGAAAAAUGUUCGCUAAUUCUUCUUCAAAAUGAUUCUACCGUUCCUCUGAAUGGCAAAAACACAAUGGUACCCAUUGGAGCCCGUUAAUGUUCGAGAAAAUUCAACUCGAAUAGGCCUGAAAACCAAUCAGAUGUUUUCAUCCGAAUAGAAAACAUUACAUGCAGAACUUUAAGAUCAUUUUUGAUCAAGGUUGAUAGCAUUCUGAUAAAUUACUGGAAAAUUAUCAAAAUCUCAUCCAAUGGACGUCUCUAGUUUCCCUUUAAAGUCUUUCAGAGGUUUUCGAUAUUUUUACACCCGAACUAAAUAGUAAGUAACCCCGCCAAUAUUUAUGGUUGGUUACAUCUUUUUUAUAUAUACAAUUCUUGUUUGUCCCUGACAAGGAUGAUGUCAUUAUGCCAUCGGUCCAUCCCCUUUUUGUGGGAAGACUGACCGACGUGAUCAAGUUCAAAAUGUUAUUCUUCUUCCUUUUUUGCAUUCUAUUUUUCCUACAGUAAUCCUUUUCGAAGAAGGGGUGAAGGACUAUUGGAUUAGUGUUUUUGUGGAAUUCAGAAUUCGGAAUUCCAACGCAUUCGACACAUUCUCCAGUUUCCAGAAUACUUUUUUAAGGCGUUGGCAACUUGUUCUUCAAACUUCAAUACCAAAACAUUGUUAAUCAUCGAUCAGAGCGGUUCUUCUUCCUCUCGGUCCCCAAAAUGCCGCACACACUGUAAACUUUUCCGUCUCCUUUCUUCGUGUCCUCUCCAGUUGUCUCCUUGAUUGUACAUCAAAAUAUCUGUAUUGAUACAGUAUCAUCAUGUCUUCUCUGCGCCUUCGCCACUUUCAUCACAAAAUGUUUCUCCGACGGGUGCCUUCCCCGAGACACGACGCUGUCUCUUUGUACGUCUUCUUCCUUUUCUCUUUUUGAGAUGAAAUUGAUUUUGUCUUCUUCUUUUAUGUUUCCAUUUUGGGUUAUCAUUAUCUUUCAAAUUUUCAUUUCCUUCAGAAUCUUUCCAAACAAUUCCAGGAGUCUGUGAAAGUUUAAAGGCUACCAGAUUUGGAUUACUGUAUGACUCGGAGUGAGUUUGCACUUUUUUGAAAAAAACUUUUUUUGAGAAUUUUGUAAACGUUGAAAGAUUAUCAACUUCAGAACCAACAAAUUGCAAAACGAAGAAUGGUCCGGUGCUCGAAUGCGUCGAGAGUGUUCCGUCUACACUGUCUUCAGCAGAUAGUUUCACAAAAAAGGCAAAAAAGGAGAAAGAAACGGAAGAGGAGCCAAUGUCCCUGAUUGAUAUAAUUGCCAGCUCGUUUGUGGAACACAGUUUGACUGUGGACCAGAUUAAAGAUCUCUAUCCGGAUUCGUACGUGUUUCCUCAAGUAGCCGAACGAAGUGACGGCUUGCAUUCCGAUGAAGCCAAGUGAGUCUCUUGGACAACUGUCUUUUUGUGAAAUCGUUGCGAUUUCAGAAAGCGCCUCAAGGACGGUGGAUUGAAUCAAAUCGAUCCGGCCCAUGAACCCAACCUCUCUCGUUUCUUCCUCUCCCAAUUCCAUUUCAAAUUCUGGAUCCUCUUGAUAGGGGCUGCCAUUCUGUCCGUAAUGACCUAUUUCAUUCAUAUGGCACGUGGGUUCAAUGAACCUCUAAACAUGUAUUGCGCGGUUAUUCUGAUCGCAGUCGUCAUCUUUAUGGGGAUAUUAUCCUACUGGCAGCAGUCGAAAGCUAAAAAAGUGAGCAAGACGAGAAUCAAAGACUGUUUAUUGAUGUUUAGGUGUUACAAGAGAACCGUCAAAUGAUGCCUGCCAUGUCGUACGUGAUACGGGACUGCGAAGAACAGGAAAUAAAGGCCGAGGAGGUCGUCGUCGGUGAUCUCGUCUACCUUAGGUUUGCUGCGAACUUUCGAGCGCUGACAGUUCUCCUUAAAUUACAGAGCUGGCUAUAAAGUGCCGGCUGAUAUGCGGAUACUUCAGUCGAACAGUCUCAUGAUCGCCAGCAAUGAGAUCACUGGACACCUGCUGCCCCGUGAAUAUAAAGUGGAUCCAGUGCCGAUCGAAAUCAGUGUAUUCGAUGCUUGCAACGUGGCAUUCAUGGGAUCCUACUGUACUGAAGGGGAGGGAAUCGGUAUUGUGAUAAGAACUGGAAAGUUCACGGUAGGUCAUUUCGUGUUUUAUUUGGAAUACAAUCAAAUCCAGGUCAUGGGCGCCCUGGCUCAUCAGCACCAUCACAUCCCUCCCCCGAGCGGACGUCUUCAGACUGAACUCCAGAACUUCUCAACUUUUAUCUCAAUCGUGGCCAUUUCCAUGGCUACUGCCGUUUUUUUCGUUGGAUGUUUUGUCGCUCGAUUCGAGAAUAUUCUAGAUCAUUUCAUUGUUGGAUUCGUGGUGAUUAUUGUAGCGAACGUGCCUCAAGGAUUGCCGGCAACAGUCAUGUCACAACUCAGAAUAAUUGCCCGACGAAUGGCCCAAAAGAAUAUUCUCAUCAAGAAGCUAGAGUUGAUUGGUAAGUUCAAGGCUUCAGCAGGAUUACUGUAGUUCCUGUUCCAGAUGAGCUCGGCGCGGCCACUGUCAUUUGUGCUGACAAGUCGGGAACUUUAACAAUGAACCAAAUGGUCGUCACUGAUCUUUGGUUUAACUCCCGGCUGGUUACUGGCGCGGCUGUUGACCUGAAACAUCCACAUCUACGGGCAAUGAAAACGUCGAUGAAAAGUCCGGAACGCCUUGAAGAACCUCUCCCGGACAUAUUAACAGUAAUGUCCGUUUGCAAUAACGGCCAGUUUGAGCAUGUAAGAAGGUCAAUGCGAAGGGUGUCAACGAUGAGAGCAAUGCAGAAAAGCGCAUCGGAAGCGAUGCUGAGUGCUCACAUGAAAAAGAAGUUCACGAUUGUGUAAGAUUUAAGUCAUAUUGUGUAAGUUGCUAAUGCUAAAAAAUUUCAGUGACACCAGAACCGGACAAGUCUCCGAGGCCGGAGGUGUGUGCAAAGAAAAGACAAAUCAGGCAUCGGAUAACACUCCGGAGAGUGGGAGUCGCGCAAGAAAGCACGCGAAUAAAACGAAGAAGAAUGAUAUUUUCGGAGUUCCUUCUGACGUGGCACUGAUAAAAUACGUGGAAUUGAGUGCUAGUGUGGAAGGAAUCAGACAGAGAUAUCAGGUAUCAGUCACGUUCGGUAGUUUCCAAACCUGGUUUUAUUUAGACUGUCUUCGAAAUUCCGUUCAACUCAACCCGCCGUUGCCAAAUGGUCAUUUCAAAAUGUCUCGCCAGUGAUUUCCCGGUCACCGCAGAAUGCGUGGCACCUCCAAAAGAAGUGAGUCGAAACAUUCCAACGAAAUGAUGCUCAUUUAGAAGCAUUCAGGGUCAAUCUCGUUUCGUUAUUUUCACAAAAGGCGCUCCUGAAGUUAUUCUCGGAAAGUGUUCAAAAGUACGACACGGGAAAGACCUCCGGGAUAUUGAUGAGAAGUAUCGUAAAGAGUGUCAAGUAAGAAUAUCAUAGCUUCAAGUCCCAAAAUGUCUAAUUCAGGAGGCCUGGGAAAUGCUAGGAAACGAGGGACGACGAGUCAUCGCCUUUGCUGAGAAGAACUUCAACGCAGACGAAAAUGCAAAGUUCGGAGGACAAGAAUACAGUGGAGAACUUGUGUUCCUGGGAAUGGCUGCCAUAAUGGACCCUCCGAGACCGGAGACCGCAGCAGCCAUCGAACAAUGCAAACAGGCUGGAGUAAAAGUCUUCAUGAUCACUGGAGAUCACCCAACCACGGCUACUGCCAUCGCCAGACAGAUCGGACUCAUUGGCUCUUCCUCAAAUUCGGUAAGAGAAGAGAAUAA